AAACAUGGCGGCUCAUCUGUCGUACGGCAGAGUGAAUUUAAACAUAUUAAGAGAAGCGGCACGGAAAGAUCUGCGAGAGUUUUUGGACAAAUGCGCAGGAAGCAAGGCCAUAGUUUGGGAUGAAUACCUGACAGGACCUUUUGGACUCAUAGCUCAGUACUCUCUACUGAAGGAACAUGAAGUGGAAAAGAUGUUUACCCUCAAGAGUGGCAGGCUCCCCUCUGCUGAUGUCAAAAACAUCAUCUUCUUCGUUCGUCCCAGGCUGGAGCUUAUGGACAUCAUUGCCGACAACAUAUUUAGUGAAAGCAAGGUGCAUUCGUCCCGAGAAUUCCACAUUUUGUUUGUGCCUCGGCGGAGCAUGCUGUGUGAGCAGCGGCUGAAGGAGCAGGGCGUGCUGGCCUCUUUCACCAACAUUGACGAGUACAUCCUGGACCUGAUCCCUUAUGAUGGCGACCUGCUCUCCAUGGAGUAUGAAAGCGCUUUCAGAGAGUGCUACUUGGAAAACGACCAAACGAGCCUGUACCACACAGCCAAAGGUCUCAUGACAUUACAGGCACUUUAUGGUACCAUUCCACAGAUCUUUGGGAAAGGAGACUGCGCACGACAUGUUGCCAACAUGAUGCUGCGGAUGAAGAGGGAGUUCGCUGGUACUCAGAACCAAAUUCUGCCGGUGUUCGAUACUCUUCUCCUCCUGGACCGUAACGUCGACCUGCUCACCCCACUGGCUACACAGCUCACCUACGAAGGGCUCAUUGAUGAGAUCUAUGGAAUAACCAAUGGAUACGUGAAGCUUCCUCCUGAGAAGUUUGCGCAGAAGAAACAAGGCGAAGCCAGCAAGGAUUUACCUACAGAGCCCAAGAAGUUGCAGCUGAACUCGGCAGAAGAGCUGUACGCCGAAAUCCGAGACAAAAACUUUAACGCCGUCGGGGCAGCGCUGAGCAAGAAGGCCAAAAUUAUAUCUGCUGCUUUUGAGGAACGCCACAAUGCUAAAACAGUGGGAGAAAUAAAGCAGUUUGUGUCUCAGCUGCCUCACAUGCAGGCAGCGCGGAGCUCCCUGGCUAACCACACCUCUAUCGCCGAGCUGAUUAAAGACAUAACCACGUCUGAGGCCUUCUUUGAGAACCUGACAGUGGAGCAGGAGUUUAUGACGGGUGUCGACACAGACAAGAACCCAAACGACAUCUCGUACGUGUACAGCGGCUACGCUCCGCUCAGCAUCCGACUGACCCAGGUGUUGGCGAGGCCCGGGUGGCGAAGCAUCGAGGAGGUGCUGAAGAUGCUCCCGGGACCGCACUUUGAGGAGAGACAGACACUUCCAUCUGGCCUUCAUAAAAAACGACAACAGGGGGAGAAUCGAACGACGCUGGUUUUCUUCCUCGGAGGAGUGACGUACGCAGAAAUAGCCGCUCUCCGUUUCCUCUCUCAGAUGGAGGACAGCGGGAUGGAGUACGUCGUGGCCACGACCAAGCUCAUCAACGGCACCACCUGGAUCAAAUCCCUCAUGGAUCGGCCUGAGUCUCAGCUGCCCUGAGACACCCGCACAGACCGCUGGCCUCGUCAGACCCACAUCUGAAUCCACCCCUGAUCAGUUUGCUGCAUUUUGCCACCUUCGACCACACCGCAUGUUAAUAAUCUUUUUUUUUUUUUUGUCUGUCAGCUGUUGGCCAACUAAACACUGUACAUAUGUAUUUAUGGGAUGUUUAAUCACACGAUUAAAGAUGCACUUGCAUUUUUCAAACUUU